GCCCUGCAGAAAGAGGUACCUGGCACGUGUGUUCCUCCAUUCAAGUCCAGCUGCAAAUGGGGCACACACCUGCCUCGAUACCCAGACCUGUGAUCAGCCGGUCCCUGUAAAACCAUUUUCACCAAGACAUCAAGACAAGAGCCAUUCUCCAGUCAAUCCUGGGGCCACUGUGUGGCUUGGGAGAGGAGGAAACCCGGGCUAAGGUUUUCAGGAGGUCUUUGGAAACGCAGUAUCACCAACCAGGUCAGAGCCAGGCCACCAGGGCCCAGGAUCUAGGCCGCCAAACCCCAAGCUCCAAACAGUGCUCCACCCUCUUCCCCGCUGCAUUCUGGAACACGUAGUCCCCUUUACAAGACGACUGUAGGUGCAGAAAAGGAAUAAGAAGAGCAAGGCAUACUGGGAGCCUCGGCGCCACGGCGGGACGCCCGGAAAGCGGACACGCUAUGCUUCCUGGGCCUUGAAGUCCAGGGUUGGCCUCCGAGGUGGAGCCCCGGUCCCGGGAAUCGAGCGCUGCAGAGAGUCGGCGCGCUGCCUCCUGGGCGUUGUAGUCCUCUCGCCUGCCGCCCCGGUCGUUCCUGGGAAACCUGGUCAGCUCAGAACUACGAGACCCAGAAUCCCGUGCACAGACAGCAGGGCGGGCGGGCCCGGAGGCUGGGGUGCCGCCUCCUCUGCAACGCCGGGGCCGAAGUCUUAGAAUCGAGGGCCCUCAGGGGUCCCCGCGGCCGCCGCGAUGCAGAAAUACGAGAAACUGGAGAAGAUUGGGGAAGGCACCUAUGGAACAGUGUUCAAGGCCAAAAACCGGGAGACCCAUGAGAUUGUGGCCCUGAAGCGGGUGAGGCUGGAUGACGACGAUGAGGGCGUGCCCAGUUCAGCCCUCCGGGAGAUCUGCCUACUCAAGGAGCUAAAGCACAAAAAUAUCGUCAGGCUUCAUGAUGUCCUUCAUAGUGACAAGAAGCUGACUUUGGUUUUUGAGUUCUGUGAUCAGGACCUGAAAAAGUAUUUUGACAGCUGCAAUGGUGACCUCGAUCCUGAAAUUGUGAAGUCAUUCCUCUUCCAGCUGCUGAAAGGCCUGGGAUUUUGUCACAGCCGCAACGUGCUGCACAGGGACCUGAAGCCCCAGAACCUACUCAUAAACAGGAAUGGGGAGCUGAAAUUGGCUGACUUCGGCUUGGCACGAGCGUUUGGGAUUCCAGUUCGCUGCUACUCUGCCGAGGUGGUCACACUGUGGUACCGUCCGCCGGAUGUCCUCUUCGGGGCCAAGCUGUACUCCACGUCCAUUGACAUGUGGUCAGCCGGCUGCAUUUUCGCAGAGCUGGCCAAUGCCGGGCGACCUCUUUUCCCUGGCAACGACGUGGAUGACCAGCUGAAGAGGAUUUUCCGGCUGCUGGGGACACCAACGGAGGAGCAGUGGCCCGCCAUGACCAAGCUGCCGGACUAUAAGCCCUACCCGAUGUACCCGGCCACGACGUCCCUGGUGAAUGUGGUGCCCAAGCUCAACGCCACAGGGAGGGACUUGCUGCAGAACCUCUUGAAGUGUAACCCUGUCCAGCGCGUCUCAGCAGAGGAGGCCCUGCAGCACCCCUACUUCUCCGACUUCUGUCCCCCUUAGGCCCCAGUCCCCUGGCUGCCAGGCUGGGGCCUGGCCUGCUUAAGGCCCACGAGGGAGGGAGGAUGGGCGGGGGGUUGCUGACGUCCAGCUGUGCUGGGCCCAGCCAGGGUAGAGAUACCCUGGCCCAUAGUCUUCACCCCCUCCAUGGACUUUAUUUAAUUUCAUAAACUGGCUCCCUUCCCAGAGUCUGAUGCAGUGGGGUGGCCAUGAAGGGGGACUGGGGGGCCACGCUCCCCGUUAGCAUUCUCUGCAACCCUGCGGUCCAGCUCAGACACACCCAACUGGCCACACCCUGCCCCUGGACUGUAAGUGGCCUAAGACUGGAGGCUGGAGACCUUGACCUUUGACCCCCCGCCUGGGGUCAGGGCGGCGCGGCCCCCCACCCCCUCUGCAUUUGUCCCAUCUGGGAGCAGAGAUAGGCUUCCUCCUGAACAGGGACCAAAGGGCUGGCCUGUCCUUGUGGCUGUCCCCAUCUCCCCCUGCCCCCCAAAACUUGCAGGAAAGACCCGAAGAUCUGAUUCUACCAGGAAUGCCCCCGCCCCCUCUGCCAACUUUCCAAUGGCCGAGGCAUAACAAAUGAGAGAAAGGGGUCCAGGGCCAAGGCCUGGGGCAUCUUUCCUGGCAGGAGGGGAAGACUCCCCAGCCCCAUCUCAAGCUGGGGCUUUUGACUCUCGUGAGGAGGUUGGGGAUGCAAGAACUGUUCCCCUGGAAUGCUGGGAACAAUGGCAUUUGGAGGCUGAGGCAGGAGGACUGCCGAGAGUUUGAGGCCAGCCUGGGCCACACAGUGAGACCCUGUCUCAAACAAAAGAAAAGACUGUUCCCAUGGAGACAGGCUGGUGCCGUGCCUGGUCCCAAAUGCGAGAAGAGGGAUCGUGACCUUUGAAGGAGGGUGCCAGUUUGUGUUCUUAGAAGUGGAAGAGCCCUUUGUCCUCUCCCCUGCUUGCUGGGCUCUGGGUGGGAGCCCCCUUCCAGCUGUGCCCUGACAGUGCACUUAGCACCUACUGACCAGACUCUGUGCCUCCCCUUGAGCUCUGGCCUUGGGGAGAGGGUCCUCUUCUCUGAGAUCCCCAUAAACUCAUUCACACUAAAGUG